AUGAUGAGUAAAAAGAGUGAAAAAAAAAAAUUAUUGAAGAUACAACCUUUGGUUUAAAGAAUAAGAACAAAAGUAAAUAAGUCCAAAAGUAAUUCUAUUAUUGAUUUUAGUUUUUAUAGGUGA